UGAAAAAAAAAAAAAAAAAGAAGAGAUAAAUGAGGUUGUUUUAGUUGAAGGGACGUUUCGUAUCAAACCUGUUUGCCAUGACACUUCACCCGAUGUCUGCAGGACUCCAGGAUCAAACAGGUGUUGCGUUUCCGGCAUACAGGCGCCAGUGAUAUUUCAGCAUUGCCUCAAGAGGAAGCGCCGCUACGUCGUCCCUGUUCUAUACGUGUCCGUGAGCUCGCGUCAAGCUGAUUACAGUGAAACAGACUUUUCAUGGAGCUACCAAAGUACAAGAUUCAGCUCCACGGCCACCUGGAGACCCACGUGCGGCACUCUACCAUCUGGGAUUUGGUCCAGAAGAAAAAACUCGAUUUGGGCUAUAAAAGCAUCGAAGACGUGGUCCAGAAGACUAAAGCUGAACCCAGCUCGACGCUGGCCAAUUACCUCAAGGAGAUAGCAAAUGUUGCGAAAGCUAUAAGAGGUGACCGAGACGCUGUCGUCCGCAUCGCCUACGAAGCUGGAGUGGAUCUGGCCGCCCAGGGCGUGCUCUACGGCGAGAUGUUUCUCGGCACGACUACGUACGUCGGCGACGCGUCGGGCUCUUCGCUCCGCACAGCGGCGGAGGUGGUCGAAGCAGUGCUGGAGGGCUUCGCCAAGGCAGAGCGGGAGAAGGACAUCAAGCUGAGACUCGUGCUUGUCAUAGCAAGGGCGCUACCAGAGACUGCCGAAGAGGCGCUCAACCUAUGCUACGAGUACCGUGACCGUGGUGUCGUUGGCAUCGAUGCUUGCGGAAGCAUCAAGGGAAUGCCAACCGCCGAAGAAGGCGAAGAAGUCCUCGCACCGGAAAUCAUCCAAGCUUUAAAGAAUGCAUCUCAGCUUGGCGUUCAUCGCACCAUACACGCCGGUGAGUCUGGUCCACCGUCGAACGUGGCACGUGCAAUCGAAGUACUUGGGGCGGAGCGGAUAGGCCACGGCUACAGCGCCAUCAUGGAAAACGGCAGCACGUAUCGUCUCGCUCUGCGCCGAAGAAUCCACUUCGAGGUCUGCCCUACCUGCAGUUACCUGACGGGUGCGGUCAAGAAAGACCAGGAACAUCCUCUCGUCAGGCUAUGCAAGGACGGCGCGAGCUUCUCUAUCAGUACGGAUGGACCCACCCUGACUCACACCACUCUGGAAGACGAGUACCGCCUCGCACUUUCUCUCGGACUAACCCCGGAAGACAUCGUGAAAUCUAACCGGUCCGCCAUCUUGGCAAGUUUCCUGCCAGUUCACGAGAAACAGGAACUGCUGAAGAAAUUUGACGAGCUGAACGGAAUUAGCGGACUUUAAGACAGCGACCGGAGCCUAGAAGGAAUGAUAUCCCCUAGAGAAUAGCAAACAACAAAUACAUAUGUGGGAUUACAUAAACAUUUUAUUCCUUAUGUGA